AUUCUCAGAUUUCCCGAUUUCUCCCAGCCGAGUACGCUGUGCCGCUUCCACAUCACGGCAACAGCAAACCGAGACGACGACGACGACGACAUGCGCCCAGCGUGCUUCAACCCCGCAUUCAUUUCAACCGGUUUGUGUUUUCCCAAACCCACCUAGACCAAAACGAGGUCGGGAGGUUCGAUCCUGAGGGAAUGGUGCUGCUGAGAUGACCUGCGGGACCUUGCUUCUCUCAAGAGAUUAUUCUGCAAUCAAAAGAGCGGAGGGAAAUCGAGCUGGGACAUGGUUGGCAGGCUCACAUGAUGGACAGGUGAUGGAACCCUCCAUCAUCUUUCUUCACCAGUGACUCGGCCUGCCAGCCCUCCUUCACAGGCAGAAGCGUGUACCAGCAGUCCAAGGCCCCCUAUUUCUCUGCCAUGGUGACAUAAGCAGCGCUGCAGAAUGAGGGAGAGCCAUCGUGAGACCAUCUCAUUUCUUUCUCCAGUAGCUGCUGCAGCUGCUCCCUUAACACUGUUUUUAUUUAGCCGCAUAAAAAAACUGAAUCUGUCGUGAAUAGUCCCCACUUGCUGUUUUCUUGAGAGACUGCCCCCUAAGGCGUGUUGCCGGGCCUGUGGGGCGGAGCGGCACGGCUCGAGACGAUGCUGGGAUGCGUGACACGAGUCCGUCGGCUGGUCCGUCUCCUCCCCCUGCAGACCUCCCUCCUCCUCCUCUUCCUCUUCUGCACAGUCAGCGUCUUCAUCUCCGCCUACUUCCUCUAUGGCGUCAAGCGGGAGCUGGAGCCAUCAUCAGGAAGUGGCGGCGUCUCCGGGGCCGAGGGAGCAUCGGCAGACUCAGACGACCCGAGGGUCACUCCAUCCCGGCUGCUUCCUGUGAGAAGCGUCUCGGGAGGCCCCGGGGUGGAUCCUGGAGGGGCAAGGACAGACCCUGUGGUUUUGGUGUUUGUGGAGAGCCAGUAUUCUCAGCUGGGCCAGGAGAUUGUUGCCAUCUUGGAGUCUGGACGGUUUAGGUACCGGACUGAGAUCUCCCCCGGUAAAGGGGACAUGCCCACAUUGACGGACAAAGAGAGAGGACGCUUCACACUGGUGAUCUAUGAGAACAUUCUAAAAUAUGUUAACUUGGACGCCUGGAACCGAGAGCUUCUGGACAAAUACUGUGUGGAAUAUGGAGUGGGCAUCAUUGGCUUCUUCAAGGCCAAUGAAAACAGUCUGCUCAGCGCGCAGCUCAAAGGCUUCCCCCUCUUUCUUCACUCAAACUUGGGUCUGAAAGACUGCACCGUCAACCCGAAGUCACCCCUGCUCUUCAUUACUCGAUCUGGGCAGCCUCUGCCUGGCCCUCUCCCCGGUGACGACUGGACCGUUUUCCAGUCCAACCACUCGACGUACGAGCCCGUGCUGCUUGCCAAGACCCAAUCAGCUGAGAGCGUUGCAUCCAUGGGGCAGAAUGCAGCUCUGCUCCCGUCUGUGGUGCAAGACCUUGGGCUCCAUGACGGCAUCCAGAGGGUCCUUUUCGGCAACAACUUGGUCUUCUGGCUGCAUAAGCUGGUUUUUGUAGAUGCUGUGGCCUUUCUGACGGGGAAGAGGCUGUCGUUGUCACUGGAGCGCUACAUCCUGGUGGACAUCGAUGACAUCUUUGUUGGCAAGGAGGGCACACGCAUGAAGGUGCCGGAUGUAAAGGCCCUGCUGGAGACACAAAGGGAGCUGCGCACGCAUGUGCCCAACUUCACCUUCAAUCUGGGCUUCUCAGGGAAAUUCUUUCACGCUGGAUCUGAUGAGGAGGAUCUGGGAGAUGACCUGCUGCUCUCCUACGUGAAGGAGUUCUGGUGGUUCCCGCACAUGUGGAGCCACAUGCAGCCCCAUCUCUUCCACAACCAGUCUGUGCUGGCUGAGCAGAUGCUGCUCAACAAGAAGUUUGCCAUGGAACACGGGAUCCCCACAAACAUGGGCUACGCCGUAGCACCGCACCACUCUGGUGUCUACCCGGUCCACAUGCAGCUGUACGAUGCCUGGAAGAAGGUGUGGGGCAUCAAAGUGACCAGCACGGAAGAAUACCCACACCUAAAGCCUGCUCGCUUUCGGCGAGGUUUCAUCCACAGCGGCAUAAGUGUGCUGCCCAGGCAGACAUGUGGUCUUUUCACACAUACCAUCUUCUACAAAGACUACCCCGGCAGCCCGAAUGAACUGGACAAGCUCAUCAAUGGAGGAGAACUCUUCCUCACUGUUCUCCUGAACCCUAUUAGCAUCUUCAUGACCCAUCUGUCAAACUAUGGGAAUGACCGCCUGGGCCUGUACACCUUUAAAAGCCUGAUGAUGUUUGUGAAGACAUGGACCAACCUCAAGAUGCAGACGCUUCCACCUGUUCAGCUGGCUCAGAAAUACUUCAGCCUGUUCCCCUCUGAGAGGGAUCCCCUCUGGCAGGAUCCAUGUGAGGACAAAAGACACAAGGACAUCUGGUCCAAAGAGAAAACAUGUGACCGCUUCCCCAAACUGCUCGUCAUCGGGCCUCAGAAGACAGGGACAACCGCGCUCUACUUAUUUCUCGGCAUGCAUCCUGAUCUGACCAGUAACUACCCCAGCAAAGAGACCUUUGAGGAGAUCCAGUUCUUCAAUGGACACAACUACCACAGAGGCAUUGACUGGUACAUGGAGUACUUCCCUCUGCCCUCCAACACCAGUUCAGACUACUACUUUGAGAAGAGUGCCAACUACUUUGACUCUGAGGUGGCUGCUCAGAGGGCUGCGGCCCUCCUGCCUAAAGCCAAGAUCAUCACCAUCCUUAUCAACCCAGCAGACAGAGCCUACUCUUGGUAUCAGCACCAAAGAGCCCACGAUGACCCGGUAGCAUUGAAAUACUCCUUCCAUGACGUCAUCACUGCAGGUCACGAUGCUCCAGUCAGGCUACGGGUACUCCAGAACCGCUGUCUGGUCCCCGGCUGGUACGCUAUCCAUCUGGAGCGUUGGCUAACCUACUACCACUCCAGCCAGUUGUUAGUCUUGGAUGGACAGAUGCUGAAGACUGAGCCCGCCUCUGUCAUGGAUAAAGUUCAGAAGUAUUUAGGCCUGACCAACAUCAUCAACUACCACAAGAUCCUAGCGUUUGACCCUAAAAAAGGCUUCUGGUGUCAGCUACUGGAGGGAGGAAAGACCAAGUGUUUGGGAAAGAGUAAAGGGCGCAGGUACCCUGACAUGGACCCUGAGUCCAAGGGGUUCCUCAGGGAUUACUACAGGGAUCACAACAUUGAGCUGUCUAAGCUGCUCUACAGGAUGGGCCAGCCACUGCCCAGCUGGCUCAGAGAGGAGCUGGUCCACACCAGGUAGCAGCACCACAUGGGAGCAAUCGGAGCUCCACACAAGGAACUACACCUCAUCCUGCUGGGAGACAUGUUCAAGAUCUCCAACAGUUUUUACAGAGACUUGAACUUAACUGUGAUCUUCUACAUGAUCAAGACAACAGUGGACGGUUAGUGCCCGCAGCAGCUCCCUGAGCUUUUGGAUGCUGUUACUCCCUAGCAGGACAAACCAGGACUACAGUGAUGGCCUCCACUAUGCCCUGUAGCAGAAGAAAAGGCUCAGAUGCACAGCAGGGUCCCUCUGUGUUCGAUAAUCAGCCUUUGCUCUCCUUAAAAAAAUAUUUCUUCUUCGCAUGGACUUCAUCUUGAAAAUCAAAGAAAGGAGAAAUAAGUUUGGAUAAAGAGGUGAAGGAGAAUCACAUCACCUGUGUCUUCAUCUAUAAGCUGUGCUGUUUGAUUUAAAACAAAGCAUUUACAUUGACUUUAUGAACAGCAGCAUGGCCAACAGAGAGACACUGGUUUCAGAUGCCUUUGAUUUGAGAAGAGAACAGGACAUCUGAAGUCUUGACUCAGGCUGCAUGUUGUAGCCUUACUCCAUAGGCCUUGGUAGAAUCUAGUUAUCGCAUUUACAAGUGCCAGGACAGAAUCUUCGUAAAAUAUUACACAUGGACUUUUGAGGGUUCUUUUUUAAGUUUAAUUUUUCUUUACUCAGAUUUUGUUUUAACGUUUUUAUAAUGCUGAUGGCAAUGCAUUAAUGUAGAAUGUACCAAAACUAAACAUCUUAGCUCAGUUUUUUCAGUGUACAGUAGACUGGUUUGUGAAUCUUUACCUGCACGGCCUCCUCUGUGGUCAGUUUCAUGACCAAUCUAAUCGGCUUAAGCAGGAACAGUAGGAAAGACAUUGAAAGCACAAUAUUUAAGGCACUCAAGAGAGCAUUAAUUCUGAACAUAACAGAUUACUGGAAAGCACACUUCCGACAUGUAUCCUGCUACAAUCUGUGAAGAAGAUCAUAAGCUAGCUACUGUAAACAUUCUGGUCUGUGAGAUUCAGAACGUGUACAGAAGAAGAUUGUGUAUUUCAGAUCUUUUUUUCCACUGUUGGGAUAUCUUAUUUUUGUCAAAACUGUAUAUUUUGUCUUAUAUUUUGUUUCAUUUCAGUUACUAGAUGAGUUUUUUGGGGCUAAAGGCUGUCUCUGGGGGAAAAGGUUGCCAGGAGAACAAACAGUAUGCCCAGAGAGACCAUACAGACGUUGAGGUGUUGCCACUGCAACUAGAUGUCAAGCAUAGAUAACAAAAAGCUGCUCUUAUUGCAAUAGUUUUGUACAAUGUUCUGAUGUAAUAACAAAUGCACAUGUCGGUCCUCUUAUUUCCUGACUUUAUAAUGUACAUAAGACGCAACCUUAAGUAGACCUAAAUUAUUGAAUGUGUUUGGGUUUACUCUCUCCAUCAGCCCAUUCCUGUAGUGUGAAGCGUCAGUGCUGUGCUGAGGGAAGCUCGGAUUAUGUCAUUGUGCGGAGGUGUGUCGCUACGAUUGUUUUUCCUCUCACUGCCAACUAUUGUACACAGGUACCGAGUCUCUCCAUAUAAAGUAUUAAGUGAUAACACAUAACAGCAAUGAUGGUACUAAUCUCCUGGACUGUAUGAUAAAGAUUUGUAAUUGUUGUCAAUAAUUUUUACAGUGUAACUAAUAUUGUCGGUGCUUUUUAAUUUGCAAAUAAAACACCACUGUAUUUUUCA